ACCUACCUAGGUACCUACAUACAUAACUAGGUAGGUACUUAUAAUAAUUUAUUGGUUGUUUAUAAAGUUCGUAAAUAAAUGUGGAAAUAAGAUCAUAAUUUUAAAACAUAAACAAAAGGGAUAUCCAUAAUAAUGCUUCACAGGCUGCGAAUAAAUACUGCAUUCAAAAACAUCAGAAGUGCUAACUACGUGACCAAACCUCCUAAACCAGAGAUUCCAAAGAAUCCUUUAGCCACAGUGUACUCUGCUACCGAUCAAAAGGACAAUGGAAUUGUUUACGAUAGAAAGCCUUUCAAAGUGGUCCUGGAAGCUGGCAAGACGUACCACUGGUGCCUCUGCGGUCGCUCGAAGUCACAGCCACUGUGUGAUGGCACGCAUAAGGACAUAUACUUGAAAAUAUCACAAAGACCUAUAAGGUUCACCGUAGAGAAAACGAAGGACUACUGGCUGUGCAACUGUAAACAAACAAAGAACCGGCCAUUCUGUGAUGGAGCACACAAGCAGAAAGAGAUUCAGGAAGCCACCACCAUCAAAGUUUAGUUUAUGAAAUUAUAUUUAGUAAUAAGUCUGUUGAAAUAAAGUAGUUUUGUUU